CGCCCUUGGUUUGGAAAUAAAGUGGCACCAGGAUGUUAAAAUCGCUCAGUAUAAUCUGGAAUUACCAGCACGGGAACUGACAUGAAACUGAACAGUUGGGGCUGAUGUUUAGAAAGCCCAUUUAUUUUUAAGAAUCACCUUUGGUUUUAUUUAAGGAGGAGGGGAAGAGUGUGUGUUGGGGGCGGGAAGUGGAGAAGAAAUGUGUCCUUUAUUUGCAAACGUGCGCCUUUUUUUCUUUUUUUAAAACUAAGAUAGAUUAAGCCCACGUUUUCCGGGCGUGAUGGCUAAGUCAGACAAAAACCACCGCGUCUCCCGAAGCGACGGACGCUCCAGCCUGGGCAGGAUUCCCUGGAUUGUUGUCCUGCUCUCGGCUUCUUUUGCUCUGGCUGUCAUCUGUAUCUCCUCGGGUCUGUAUUUCACAGCCCAACAACCAUUCGUGAGCGCGGAAGACUGGACCCAGAGGAAGUUUGAACACAAGCCAAAGAGUAUCAUGUCCAGUCAGGUGAGGCAUCUCAGCUCACUCAUCGACUUUCAACGCCUAUGGAACGUAUUCCUGGUGCCAAUGCUGAUUGAACGAUACCCUGGAUCAGAGGGCAUCGAAUUUGUCCGGCAGCACAUCAAGGGGCAUCUGCUGUCGCUGUCUGCCCACUGGAGCGUGGACCUGGACACGUUUGAGGACAGCACCCCCCACGGCAAGCGGACGUUCUCCAACAUCGUGGCCACGCUGGACCCCUCUGCCAGACGCCGCCUGGUCCUGGUGUGCCACUAUGACUCCAAGUAUUUCCAACGCGACGACCAGGGGCGUGUUUAUGUGGGUGCCACUGACUCGGCUGUGCCUUGUGCCAUGAUGCUGGAACUGGCACGCUCGCUCGACAAACAGCUGGUCAAACUCAAAGACAAGAGUCCGGACCUGACUCUCCAAUUGCUGUUCCUGGACGGUGAGGAGGCGCUUGUUAAUUGGAGCCCCACGGACUCUCUCUAUGGCUCCCGUCACCUGGCUGAACGAAUGGCCAGGACCAAGCACCCGCAGGCAACUGAUAGCACCACACUGAUCGACUCAGUGGAUAUGUUUGUGCUCCUGGACCUCCUUGGUGAAGCCAAGCCCCAGAUCCUGAAUCACUUCAAGAACACAGCCCGAUGGUUCAGUCGUUUGGUUGGAAUUGAGAAGAGGCUACACAAGCUGGGUCUGCUGCAGCACCAUCCCAUCGAGGUGAUGUACUUUAAUGGAGACACCUACUAUGGCCCCAUCGAGGAUGACCAUGUGCCGUUCCUGCAGAAAGGUGUUCCGAUCCUGCACUUGAUUUCCACCCCGUUUCCCCGGGUCUGGCACACGAUGGAGGACACGGCAGAGAAUUUGCACCCACCUACCAUCGAGAACCUCUGCAGGAUCCUGAGCGUGUUCCUAGCGGAAUACCUGGGCUUGUAAUGACUGGGAAAGAGAUGGGCGCAAAGCUGCGAGGUUUCGGGGGGACAACGGACAUGGUCAGAAAGACUACCCGCCCUCCCCCCACUGUACAGAAAGAGGAUUGUUUUACCCUGACUGUAACACACAUACGGUCACAGUGUAGAUAUUCUCCAACUGGGGCACGGGAUGCUUCAGUCUGGCUCUCUGUUAAUGUUUGUACACUUUUUUCCCUUCUGUCUGUUCCUCCGACUCACUGACUGCCUAUCUGUCUCUUACAGUUGGUCAAUCUCACUGUGUGUAUGUAUUGUUUUUUCUGUCUCUCUCUGCCUGGGUGUGUUUAUAUAAUGGUGUGUGUGUGUUUGAGUAACAACAUGUGUGUGU